CAGUGCAGCCCGCGCCAGCUACUGAGUCACACGGUUGCUCUAGUCCAGACACACUCAAACACACACUCGCGCGCCAUGAGUGUGUUGACGAACUUACACACAUUAAAUUCUGUACCUGGUUGUAACUGGUAAAUGAAUAGUUGUUUACGAUAUAUGUUAUUUGGAUUGUGUAUUGUAUUCCGUGACUGUAAAUUGACUGGGAAUUAGAAACUGAGUGUGGAUCUGAAGAUAUAACUGGAUUUUACCUGUUCAUGUGAUAUACAUACUGGAUAUUAACUGUUUAUUAUGAUAGACACUAACUGUGGGCCCUAGUGACUGGAUUACUCGUGUGUGGUGACUGGAAACUAAGUGGGCAUCUAAAUUCUGAUAACUAACUGGAUUUGAUGCGUGGUGACUGUGGUAACUGUAUGUGACGACUGGUAAUAUGUCAGUCCAUCUGAUACAAAUGCUGCAGUGACUGUAAACUGUAUAUCAGUCAAAUGCAUUAACUGAGCUGAUUGGAUCUGAACAUUCAAUCCCUGUAGUGACUUAAUGCCAAUCACAGUAAUGGAUUAGGCAAGAAAAACACACGACUAUGAAACUAUGUAGUGAUGAUUGGAGUGAGUUACCUGAGACCUAAUCACCUUCGCUUUCCUCCUGGAUUGGUAGAGAGGACGUGAUUGGUGAAUGGAGUAUGGUAGAGGUCCUCAGUGAUUGGUGGUCAGAUUUCUUGUGACUGGAACACGAGGGAGAUAAAAAGCGGUUGGGGGUCAAGUGGGGGUCAAGGAGGAGGAGGCCACGAGAAGGAAUGUAGAACAAAACAAAAACAAGAUAAAAGAAUUGGAGGCCAGAGAGAGGUUUAUAGGAGGCCAAGUACAGAUCUUGUGGAGGUGGAGGCCAGAGACAUUUGUGAUUUGUGGGAGGUCUGGAGGUGGAGCCCAAGUGGAGGUGUGGAGUUGGAGGACAAGUAGAGGUCUGGUGGAGGUAAAUUGGACGAGGUGAAGGUGGGAGGCAGGGGGAGGCCACGUGGAGGUAGGCAGGAGGCCAGGGAAAAGACAAGUGAGCAACAAUAUAGAAGACAAAGGAGAGUGCUGGAGGUCAAGAGGAGACCAAAGGAGGAGGCAGGGAAUGUCUCCUGCCUGGCCAGACUGUGGAGGAGGGCGGAGGUAACAAGUGGAAGAAACUUACUGGAGACCAACUUACCAACACCUGGACAUCAUGGUAGAAGACUGGAAGGGUCGUAAGCUGAAACAAACGGACCGCCCACAGUGACUCCCACGCCACGCCCACGUCACGCCCAUCGUCACAACCACGCCCACGACACGCCCUCGUUCACACAGGCGAGGGAUGACCCGUCACCUUAGUGCUGCCGUCCUUCUUCUCUGCGUGUGUGUGGUCAGGUCUCUGGAGGCAGAAAAAGACUGCCCCCUCGUUCAAGCCAUCGAGCUGAAAGGUCAUCCCUUCCUGGCCAAGAUCAUCCCCUGCUCCUACGUCAAAGAGUACCGACCACCCACCACGAAGAAAGGACCCGUCAAGGUGGAGUUCACUGUGUAUAUACAAGACAUCAACUCUAUCAACGCCGCCGAUAUGGACUUCAGGGUGGACCUGUUCCUGCACAUGACCUGGAAGGACACACGAUUCAACCUCAGUAGUCUGGACUUCAUACCAGGUCGUGAGGGAGAGGACAGUUACCUCACUCUACCUGCCUACGUCAUCGACCACAUCUGGACACCUGAUCCUUAUGUUACUAAUGCUAAGGAUGCUGCCAUCACCAAGCUGACCACCACCUACGCCUCCGUCACGCUGCACCAGAACCACACCGUCAGGUACUCGGCGAGGCUCUCCAGCAUCAUAGCUUGUCAGAUGGAGUUCCAUGGUUAUCCCAUGGACGUGCAGACCUGUGCUAUGAUCAUGCAGAGCUUCAUGUACUCGCCCAAGGAGGUAGAGUUUCACUGGAGGUCGUGGUCGCCGGUAAUGCUCAACAAGGACCUCAAGUUACUGCAGUUCACCCUCAGACAACCUCUCCGGAACUACGUUAACACCUCCACCCACGACGAGCUGGGACAUGGAGAGCGACACGUGAGACAGUUGGUGGUGGAGCUGGAGUUCUCGCGGGAGAUCGGCCACCACUUGGUACAGACCUUCGUGCCGUCCUUCCUGGUGGUGGCGUUGUCCUGGUUCAGUUUCUGGCUGGGUCUGGAGGCCAUCCCUGGGCGGGUCACUCUGCUGGUCACUUCCCUCCUCACUAUCACCACGCUCUUUACUGGCAUCAAGGAGGGGCUGCCACCUGUCGCCUAUGUCAAGGCCAUCGACGUGUGGAUGGCUGGAUGUAUGGUGUUCAUCUUCGCUGCUCUGGGAGAGUUUGUGGUGGUGCGGGUGUUGAACGUGAUGCACACCCACUACCAAGUUGAACCCACCUUGCUGCCCACCCACAUCCAGCCCAACUCCGCCCACUCACCACACAGUGAGGACAAACAUGACCAGAGGGCCGAUCACUUCAAGAGAUUUACCGUCAUGUCCAACAAGACCAGUGACAAUGGCGAUAAAACUCUCUCCGCGCACAACAACAACAAGUUCAGUGACUUGACGAACAACUUGGAGAACGGCGGAACAGUUAGAAUGGUGACAGUGAACGCCAGCCCCUCUAUGAUGUCCGCCUGGGACCCUGAGACUGGCAACGUGAGACCACCUCGCUCACGGCACCAAUUUGGCCGCCCCAGUCUACAGUGGGUCGACUCCAAGACAGGAGAGAAGAAAAUAUUAUGGAAGGAAAUUGACAGAGCAUCUCGGAUUGUGUUUCCUCUCAUGUACCUUCUGUUUAUGGUUAUUUAUUUCCCGAUUCUUAUCUCCAGGGUGUUUUAAAAAGAGUUGUUGAGAUUUCGAAGUAAGCAAAGUGGAUGGAAGUGAGAAGUAUAUAUGAACGUAUACCUACUGGUAACGAGUACGGUAUAUACUUCCGAUUGCUUAGCUAUUGAGAAUUUCUUGAAUAUUUAAAAAAGAAAUGCAUGAACGUUUAAAUGAGAACCUCCUUGUUGUUUUAAAGUAAUGGAGAUUUUAUGGCGGGAAAUGGACCUAAGUUCCGCGUAUUGUGUUAGUACAUUUAGCCUAAUCAUGUUUUUGUGACAAUAUAUUUCCUGAUUAUUAUUUUAUACUCUUUUAAGCUUUCAUUUUUAUUUUCAGAGAGAUAUUGUUAGUGGCUUGAAGUUAACGAGUUAUUUUAGAGAAAGAAAUCGCCACAAGUUGAUCAAUAAUAUACUUUUAGUUUUUUUUUCUUGAUUCUGAUGAGAACAAGCUAGAGAUGAUGUCAGUAAUAUUUGGAGAGUACGUUGCGAAAUAAAGGAAAAAAUACGACGACUCUACAGCGUUUUUCUCGAUAAUUUAUAUAUUACGGGUACGACUUUCCAUUUCAAUUAAUAGUCAAAUUUUAAUCUACCUAAGUGUAAAAUGUGGCUUAAAAACACGAACAAUUACCACAUCAAAACCUGAACAAAUAUAACCUAACGUAACCUACAGUUAGGACACUUUACGUAAGUUUGCGCAACACUAUUGGUCUUUAAAAUGUCAAUAGUACUGUCACUAUGUACAAAAACACCUUGAAUGGUUUGCAAUUGAGAUAAAUAUUCGUGACGCCAUAGAACCAUCUUAAAACUUAGCAGACAAAACUCCGCCUGACGUAGCAAGAGCUGAAGACCACGUCAAGCCUAGAGCGCCGCUGGUUGGCUCAGUCUUCAUUCUUAUGUGAUGUCGAAAAAAAAAAGAACUCGAAAAAUAUAAAUUUACGCCAAAAAACACAAUAGAGUAAAAUAUUCUUUCUUUUUUCGUUCUAGCUCCCUGACAUCCUAGUGCUGAUAUGAUACAAAAUAGAGAAUUGUUAGAUGUAAACUUCAUAUAAGUGUAUUAAUGCGUUAUUUGUUAUUCUAUGGUGUAAAGUUUAUAUUGAAUAUUCAUAAACCAAAUAUUUUGUGUUUUAAGAAAAGAUUUAUAUAUUGAAUGUUUAUUAAGCUAAUGUUUGGUGUGCUGAGACAAAUUUGAUAGAACUACGAAUGAUGGCAGUUCGCUCACACUGUGGAGCUAAACAAAGGUUGAACAACGUUCCCUACAAAGUUUAUCUAUAUUUUGUUUCCCACGAUUGAAAUGUUCAAGAAUGUCAGACAGUUGCUGUGCCGUAAGCUGUACGAAUGAUAAAAUUGGACAAUACAUAAUUAUCUUCACCAUUUUAUCGCAUGUCAAAAGGUCUACGAUGGAAAAGCGAAGACGCGUUCCUUGGAUGACAACCUUUGGAAGAGAAAACUUUUGUCUCAACAUCAAAUGAUUUGUGGAGAACAUUUUGUGUCUGGUAAGAAUUUGUGUACUUAUAUUCCUUUUUGAAAUCCGUUUGGUAGUGUUAGACCCAAGCAAAAUGCAUGGCUGACAACCAAAUCUUGCCUGUGUUGGUAUCAGACUCACCAUUUUAGGUCCUUAAUUAACUUAUAUUAAUACUGUAUUGACAAAAGCAUAUUCCUUACUGUUAGGGUGCCACAUACCCCAACACUUAUUUAUACACGUUAAGUUGUUUAGAGUUUAAUAAAAGUUAAAUUGUUGAUGUUUACUUAGGUAAUAGUUGUCAAGUUAAACACUGACUGUAGAGAUAUUUAUUGUUCGGAUUCGUUACCUUACUGUAAGUCCGGUUGAGUUAAAUUCAGUUGAUUUUUUUUCCGUCUUAAAAAGUUACAUUCAGUGGACUAGGUAAAUAAAAACGGCCGUCGCAGCUAGGAAUAUUUUUUAGCAAGUGAACGGCAGAACCUCGUACCCUUUCGUUGUCACAAAGGAAAAGAGACAAAUCGUUGAGCUUUUGAAUCCAAUGUUGAGAAUUUCAUCGGGAUUUUUAGCAUUUUUUUAAAGUAUUAAUGUAUAUAACAUUUCAACGAAGGAAAAUAAUAAGUGUCGUCACAGUGUCUUAACUGGGAGUUCUAUAUUAUCAUGUCCGUAGUGUUAUCAUGUGUAUGGUGUUAUCAUAUCUGGUGUUAUCAUGUGUAUGGUGUUAUCACGUCCGGGCAUUAAUUUUUGUUUCCUGGUGUCUAAAAAUAUUGAAGGUCAAAUUUCCUGCAAAGAAAUUAAAAAAAAAAGAUAAUCUAAUAUCAGUUCUUUCAAUUUUCUUUCAUUCUUCUCCACCUUCUUCUUUCCUCAUUAUGUGUAAUUUUCCUGUUCCGGCAACUUAUUCGGUAUCUUCCUGAUGUCUGGAUGCUUUAUACCUCACAUAAUCAAGUCCUGUUUGGUGAGCCUCAAAGCUUACCGGUAAGCGACAACACCUCAUAAUUCUGUCGUGUGUGUAAUAAUAAUUUCAGUAUAAACUGGACCAUCACGUGACCUGUGAGUGUCGUCACUCUGCCUUAUCUGAAACACGUGUCAUGACGCUGUGAUAUAUCGUUGUUGUCUACAUUACCUCCAUCAUGUUUACAAUGUUCAGCACAAUGUAAAAUAAACUAAUUCUCACCUGAAAAUAUAAAUGGAUCCGAAAAUAUGUAAAUUAUUAUACGCAUAUGCUUAUUUUUCAGUGUAUACAUGUAAUUAUGUGUGUGUUUUUAGAACCUUGCGUGAUUCCGGAAUUGCGUUAAUUUGGAAUUUCCGGACAAUUAUAUACGACAUUUACAAACCUAGCUUCACUUGUUCGACUUUUUAUCCCUAUGUUAACCUUCCCUACUGUAGCCUGACUAAGUAAUACCUUAAAUGAUGUUAGGAAUAAUGUCGAAAACGCGCAGGUUUCGAAAAGGCGCACAUCACUAACACAACUGAGGAGAACAAAUAAGUCUUGAAAAAAAAAAUCAUGAGUGUCAAACAUCAAUACGUUAUAAUAUUUUUAUUAUUAUACGUUUCAUGUUUCUUCCUAUAAUGGACGACUGUCAAUAAAACAAUAGCGACUGUCCGGUGUAAUAAACCUGCGAACUUCCUGUCGUCUACGCCAGGACCUUAGGCUAUUUUAUUAUUGUUACAUUUAGCAACUCUGAACGUCUAUCCUGACAAGCAACUUUCUCCGUAAGCCAGUCUGAAACAUAGUUUUUUUCUAUUGUGUUGUUGUAUUUCAAUAACUACAGUCUAGAAGGACAUAAACCGCUUCUGUUCUUGCACUACACAAUAGCGAUAUAAAGUUAGGGAAAAACACGAGAAUUUAGUCCUAUUUUUUGACGACAGUAUUUCUCGUUAUCUGCUUUGGAUAUAAUAUUUCCUGGCGAUAACUUGACUCUCUUAUAUUAAUCACCAGGAAAACUCCCACAGUAUGUCAGAAAAGGUAAUGGGGACUAAUAUUACUCCUUAACAGUAUCAAAGUUUAGCUGUUAAAUAAUUCUUAAAGUUUACGAAGAUAAAAUAUAUAUCAGAAAAUAGAUGUUGACUUAGACUGUACAAAUUGAAGCCAUUUUAGAUGUAUUUUCUUAUUGUAACCUGGAAAAAUUCUUGUAAAUAAUAAUAAUAAUAAUAAUAUGUUAGCUUAUAGUUUUCUUCAGUGUAUUUUGCGUGAGAGGAACCUGUUAACAUUGUAUAAUUAUAUUCUAUCAUACUAUUUUCCUUGAUAUAUUUACGUUGGUAUAGGUAAGGUUUGUUGACAAUGAUUUGUUAUAUAUAUUUUGGAAGAACUUGGUCUGUGUCUAAAUUUUGGUUUGUUUGUGGCAAUUCGUGAAAGUAUUACACACACACACACACACAGACACACACACACACACACACACACACUGUAAAUAUAACCUUAAGUUUUCUUUAUUAGAUUUUAUUCAAAAAUUGUCUAGGUCCCACAAUAGCGUUAUCUUAUAAUAAGAUUAAUUUAGAUUAGAGAAUAAGCUUUUAGCGUUUUUACCCGUAAUGGGCUGCUGCUAAGCCUGGGUGUCAUUAAGCUAAUGUUUAUUUCCAAGAAUAUUUUUUAGUCUGUCUUGUGCUUGUCCGUUUUAUCAAGUACAGUACUGACCCAAACUGAUAGUGUCCGUUCUUGAUCUGGCAAACCCAACAGUUUGAGACAUUUUGAAACAAAAUGUCUCUAAUAUUCCAAUAUGGACUAAUAAUGAAGAGUACUGACUAUUAUGUUUACUGUAAGUUUCAUCCAGGAUGGAAUAAAGUCUUGGCAUGGUUCAUUAUUUUCUUGUUAUCGUCUCCGUCAACGAUUGACUGAAGUUAUCUUGAUAUCAGUCACAGUUUUCGAUGAUGCCCUCCGCGAGGGUUGAGCAGCUCAGUGCACCACAGUACUGUGCUGUGCUGUGACCGACCGUGGUGUGUGACGCCGACGGGAGAACUUGUAGGUGGAAUAAUCCACAUUUUUCAUCUUUAUAUCUUAUUGUUUGUUAAUGUCAUAAAAUAAAGCCCACUUGUA